UUUGUCUUGAUUGAGUUUGAAAUCUUUUUAUUAUGUUGAGUGUUUAACUUUUUUUUGCUUGAUUAUAAUCAAUUAAUUAGUGUGGUGAUUUGUUAAUUUAUGUGUUAAAUUGGUUAAAUUUGGAUAAAUUAAUUCAUCUUUAAUCGAUUGGUGGUAUUGGAAUUGCAGGACACUUGAAAAUUUUCCAUCAAAAACUUGGUUAUCCAUUUUUUGACCAAUUUUUUUUUGGUUUUUUCUCUUUUUCUCUUUCUCUCUUUCUCUUUCUUUCCUUUAACAUCCUCUCUCUUUCUCUCUCUUUUUUGCCUUUUUUCCUUUCUCUCUCUUUCUCUUUACAUCUUUGUUCUACACUCUCUCUUCUUCUCUUCUUUCAAUGGAGGAGACUAAAGAGAUUUCCAAAGGUUCUGGAAACGCUAAGUCUAAAGGAGAUACCCCACAAAAUAAGAAAAUGAAAUCAAACGAAGAUGUUGACAUUCGAUUAAUGAGCGGCCGAAAGGAUGCAAAGAAAGAGAAAAGCAUUGCUGGCAGUCGAAAUAAAAGAAGAAGAUCACCAUCACCUUCACCACUUGCAGAUAAAAAACGCCAACGUGCAAGGCAAACAAAAACUAGAAGUUCAACACCUUUAUCACAUUCUAGUGCUAAAAAGAAGCCUCUUCGAGGUGGUGAUGAAGAUUCUGAUGAAUCGUCUGAAGAUACUGAUGCUUGGUCACCCGAUCAACCAGGUCAAGAUGCCCAAACCUCAAAAGCAACAAAUUCAAGAAAUUCAGUGGCAAAUAAUGCAUCAAAUUCUACAGAGGCAAGUCUUUUAGCCGAUGUUGAUGCAACAGAUCGUGAAGAGAAAAGUGCUACUCCCAGUGAAAAUAGAGUUAAUAAUACCAAUACGAAUAAAAGUAAUACUGGAACUAUUUCACCUAACAACAAUUGUGACAAAAUAAUCAAAGAAGAGGAUGAUGACAAUGUCACUGAUCAAACCAAUUACAUAAUUGUACCUAGUUAUUCAGCCUGGUUUGAUUAUAAUUCAAUUCACUCAGUUGAACGUAAAGCUCUUCCUGAAUUUUUCAAUGGAGCCAAUGAAUCUAAAACACCAGAAGUUUAUCUGGCUUAUCGUAAUUUUAUGCUUGACACUUACCGUCUUAAUCCAACUGAAUAUUUGACUGUUACCGCUUGUAGACGAAAUUUAGCUGGUGACGUUUGUGCUAUUAUGAGGGUUCAUGCAUUUCUUGAACAAUGGGGGCUCAUCAAUUAUCAAGUAGACGCUGAAUUACGUCCAACACCAAUGGGUCCUCCCUCUACAAGUCAUUUUAAUGUUUGUUACGACACUCCUUCUAAUCUUCAACCAUCUAAUCCUUUACGUGCUCGACAAGAUACUCCUAUUAGUAAUUCAUCUUCACAAUCAAGUUCCGAAAACAAAGAAAACAAGGAAAUUAAAAAUGAAGAACAUAGUAAAGCAGAAAUGAAUGGUAACUUUGGUUUAAGAACUGACCAAUAUGAGAAGAAAAAUGCUUACUUCAAGAAUAAAGGAGCCACCAAGAUGACUCGUGAAUGGGAAGACCAAGAGAUUUUAUUACUUUUAGAAGCUAUUGAAAUGUACAAAGAUGAUUGGAACAAAGUUUGUGAACAUGUCAGUAGUCGCACUCAAGAGGAAUGUAUCCUUGAAUUCUUGCGUCUACCAAUUGAAGAUCCUUACCUAGAUGAAUCCGAUGGUGUACUAGGACCUUUAGCUUACCAACCCAUUCCAUUUUCUAAAUCAGGUAAUCCAGUUAUGUCAACCGUUGCCUUUUUGGCAUCAAUGGUUGAUCCUCGAGUUGCCGCUGCUGCGGCUAAAGCAGCUAUGGAAGAGUUUGAAAAGCUAAAGGAUGAAGUGCCUUCUGCUUUGCUUAAUGCUCAUAUCAAGAAUGUUGAAAAUAAUGCCUCUAAAGGACAACUUCCAGAAUUUGAUUUAUCCAUGAGCGGUAUUGCAGGUACUGAUGAGAAAGAAACUCCAGCCAGUGUAGGAACUGAGGAAGAAAAAUCACGUUCUGAAGGUGAGAAAAAAGAGAGACGUGAUUCUAAAGAUUCUAAUAAUAAGUCUCCCUCUAUGGACCAAAAAUCUGAUAAAGUUAAUUGUGUUACUCGUUCAUCUACUGAAGGUAAAGAAACUGAAGACAAGUUGAAAGAAACAAAAGAGGAUAGUAAAGUAAUCACAGAAACCGAUAAAGAUGUUGAAAUGAAAGAUGCAAGUAAAGAGAGUGAAGAAUCUAAAGAGAAAUCAAGUGAUCUUGAAAGUGAAUCAAGUGAUACCAUUUCAAAGGAAAAAUCAAGUGAAAAGAGCAGUGGAGAAAUCAUCGAAGAGAAGGAAAAAUCUAAAAGUGACAAUGUUGACAUGGUUUCUUCAAAAGACAAGGCAGAAGAAAGUUCAACUGCUGCUGCUGAUCAAACUUCUAGUGAGGAUAAAGAUAAAACAUCAACCAACAAGACCAAUGAGGAAGGAACAGAUGAUAAAGGGAAGAACGACAAAAUCUCAGCGGUUGAUAAUAAAAGUUCAACGAAGGAUAAGAGCUUAGAUAAAUCUAAAACCAAAAAAGAUGAUAUUCAAGACAUUUCUAAAGAUAAGGUCGUCAAAGAAGUACAACUUUCUACUGCUGCAGCCGCUGCGUUAAGUGCAGCAGCGGUCAAAGCUAAACAUUUAGCCGCUGUUGAAGAGCGUAAAAUUAAAUCAUUGGUCGCACUUCUAGUGGAAACUCAGAUGAAAAAGUUAGAAAUUAAACUUAGGCACUUUGAAGAAUUAGAAUCCAUAAUGGAUCGUGAACGUGAAAACUUGGAGUACCAAAGACAACAAUUAAUACAAGAACGACAACAAUUCCAUUUAGAACAGCUGAAAGCAGCUGAAUAUCAUGCAAGACACAAGGCCCAGAUGGCAGCGAUGCAUCAGUCAUCCCAACCACAAUCAUCGCAACAAUUAGCAACCCAACAAUCACCAUCUCAGCAACAACAAAUACCCCAACAACAGCCUCCUCAACAGUCAUCUCAGCCACAGGCUCCACAACCACCUCAAAUCCAGCCAACUCAAUUACCACCACCUAAUUUACCGCCGCCUCAUUUACAGCCACAACAAACACCCCAACUUCAACCUCCUCCUCAACAGCCACCACCACACCAAAUGCAACCAAGCCAAUUACCACCGCCCAAUUUACCACCACCUAAUUUACCACCGCCUCAUUUGCAACCCCAACAAGCCCAAUUACAACCUCCACAACCACCACCACCACAUCAGAUGCAACAAAACCAACUACAACCACCACAACAGCCACCACAUCAAAUGCAACCUAGCCCUUUACAACCUCCUCAACAUUCACCAUAUUUACAAGCACCACCGCUCCAACAUCCCCAUUCACAACCACCCCACUUACAGCCAUCUCAACAACCACCUCACUUACAAAACCCUCAACAGCCACCCCAUCUACCACCCCAACAAUCGCCUCACUUGCAGCCACUACCCCAGCAACCUCCUCAACACCCAUCUCAGCAUCCACCUCAACAUGCACCACAACAUGCACCUCAACAUCCUUCCCAACCACCUCUCAUGCACCCAUCUCAUUUACCACCUCAACAGCAGAUUCCUCAUCUGCAGCCACCCCAACAACAACAACCACCACCACAUUUGCCACCCCACCAGCAACCUCCUCAUCUUCAACCUGCUCAGCAACCGCUCCAUCACCAACCACCCCACCUUCAUCCUCAACAACAACAACAACCUCCUCCACAAUUUCAGCCACCUCACUCACAACCUCCACAACAACCGCCCCAUUUACAACCUCCUCAACUUCAACCCGCUCAACAGCAACCACCUCAACCCCAUCCUUCUCAACAAUUAUCUCACCCCCAACCACCCCAACAACCACCACAACAACCGCCUCAACAAACACCCCAGCAAACACCUCAACAACUUCCUCCACAAAUAUCUCAACCACCACAACAACCUCCACCUGUUGAUGAACAACAAAACGAUUAACUUUUAAUCCUGUACAAUUUUUAUCUGAUUUUGACACAAAUCAAGAAAUACACAGUCACAAACUGUCAAAAUUAUUUCAAAACACUAACUCUUACAACAACAACUAUAACCAUAAACAACCAACAAUCAUUCACAAAUAAGAGAAGGAAUCAGAAAAAAAGAUCUAAUCAAUAAUACAUGAAGAGAUUAUCUCUGUCAAAAUCAUUUACACCAGUUGAUUGUGGACAGGCUAAGAUUUAAUGAUCAUCGUCAUCAUUAUCAUCAUUAUCAUCAUCACCAUCAUCACCAACAUCAUCAUCAUCACCACCACCACCAUAAACAACAACAACCAACCAACCAUUGGUCAAGAACACCAUCAUCAUCAUAAUUCCUUUAUUAUUGAUUAAAGAUAAUCGAAAAAAAAAAGAUUUUUUCCUACUCACACACGCUUACACACACUCACACACACACACACACAUCAAAACUAAUUCUGUAAAGUAACAAUCAACAUAACCUGAGAGUUAAAUUGUCAACUGCAUGAUAGUUAAUUAAUCAAUCAUGUAACAUUAAUUUUUGUGUGUGUGAGUGUAAAAAGAUGUGAUGAAAGCAAAGUGAAAAAAAAGUUAUGAUGAAAAAAAGCAACUUGAAAAAACAAAAAUAUUGACUUUCUAUUCUAAUAAACAGCAAUCAAAUUAAA